AUGCUAUCAACGAAAUACUUGGCCGUCAAGUUAUCAUUCACAUUCACUCUCUUCGUCAUCAUAUUCCUGUCCAGAACCUACUACUCUCCCAUCCGACUCGGAGACCAAUCCGCCAGGGAGCCGAGUAAAACCGUACCCGCGCCAGUACCCUUCUCAAAAGUCACAGACAACAGCACGUUCGGAUUCCCCAAAAUCUUCUUCAUCAACAUCCCAACCCGCUUCGAUCUCCUGGAUGCGGCAACAAUCCAAGCCUUUCUGUCCGGUGUUCAAUUCGAGGUCUUUCCGGCCGUCGAGGCCAACAUGGUCAAGGAUAAGGGUAUGCCUCCGACACAUGACAAGGAGAGACUGACAGGCGCUGAGAAGGGUUGCUGGAGAGCUCACGCCAACAUCUGGUAUCAUAUGCUUCGUGAGGAACUACCGUCCGCCUUGAUCUUGGAGGGCGAUGCAGCCUGGGAUAUCCACGUCCGCACCAUCAUGACCAACUUCCACGAGCACUUUACUGCACUUCUACAUCAGUUGAACUCUACUCAAACUCCCAAUGUCGGAAGACGUGAACAAGCAGCAGCAGCAGCAAAUGAUUCGGCGCAACUUGUCUUCCCGGACCCCCAAGACCCGUGGCACAGCAAACACUGGGAUAUCCUCUCCCUCAGCCACUGCGCAGAGACCCCGCUCAACCACGAGCUCAUGCUCAGAUACGACGACGAACACGUCCCCGCCGGGCCCAAAAGCUACUACGGCCUCCCGCUCGGCAGCGAACGAGUCGUCCGCAAGUCGGGCGGCAUAGCGUGCACGACGGCAUACGCCGUCAGCCGAUCCGGGGCGGCCAAGCUUCUCCUGCGCACGGCGACGGACCUCGAUUUGCCAGUCGAUCUGGUUAUCAAAUCGAUGAUUCUGUCCGGGGAUCUGGUUGCGUAUAGUGUCCAGCCGACCAUCAUGUCACAGUGGAAGUAUGUGCCUGGUGUCGGUAUGAAUCUACGAGGCUCGGACAGCGACGUACAAGAGAGUACCAGGCAGGAAGUAGACGAUGAAGACCCAAAGGCGUGGGAAACAAUCAGCCAAACUGGAAUCGUAUGGAGGCCGAUGGAAUACUUUAUAGACGCGGCUCUCAAGGAGAUGACAUUGGAGGUAGCCUGGAAGGAGAUAUUUGGAGGAGAACGACCACCGUUGCAGGUGACGGGAGUUUAG